AUGGCGAAAGUUGACACCACCGAGCGGCUCGCCGAGCUCCGCAAGCUCAUGAAGGAGCGCAAUGUCGAUGUCUACAUGGUUCCUUCCGAAGACAGCCACCAGAGCGAGUACAUCGCGCCCUGUGACGCCCGCCGAGCCUUCAUCAGCGGCUUUACGGGCUCCGCUGGCUAUGCAGUCAUCACGCACGACAAGGCGGCCCUCUCGACAGAUGGACGUUACUUCAACCAGGCCGAGAAGCAGUUGGACGGCAAUUGGGAGUUGCUGAAGCAGGGAAUACAAGACGUGCCCACCAUAACUGAAUGGACGGCCGACCAGGUUGAGGGGGGGAAGAUUGUUGGCGUGGAUCCAAGCGUAGUGACGGCGGUAGACGCUCGAAAGCUCGCUGAGAAGAUCAAGAAGAAGGGUGGAGAGUACAAAGCCGUCGAUGAGAACCUUAUCGAUGUGGUAUGGGGAGACCAAAGACCUGCUCGUCCAAGUGAGAAGGUCAUUGUGCAACCUGUACAGUACUCUGGCAGAAGCUUCAACGACAAGAUAGAGGACUUGCGGAAGGAACUUGAGAAGAAGAAGAGCCUAGGCUUCGUCGUGUCUAUGCUUGAUGAGGCUGCCUGGCUAUUCAAUCUUCGUGGAAGCGAUAUCCCAUACAACCCCGUCUUCUUUUCCUACGCAGUCGUCACUCCCACCGAGGUCACCCUGUACGUGGAUGAAAGUAAGCUACCCCAGGAUGUCAAGGACCAUCUGGGAGAUAAAGUCACGAUCCGGCCCUAUGAAGCUAUCUUCCAAGAUGUCACAAGUUUGAGUAAGAAGGCAUUUGAAACCCGCGGGGAAACAGAUACAAGAAAGUUCUUAACCUCAAACCGAGCAUCGUGGGCAUUGAGCAAAGCUCUAGGCGGCGAAGAUAAGGUCGAAGAAGUACGAAGCUAUGUCGGCGACGCCAAAGCGGUCAAGAACGAGGUUGAACUUGAAGGUAUGCGACAGUGUCAUGUUCGUGACGGAGCCGCCCUAAGUGAAUACUUUGCCUGGCUUGAGGACCAGUUGGUCAGCAAAAAGGCCACACUCGACGAGGUGGAUGGUGCGGAUAAGCUGGAGAGUAUCCGCUCUAAACACGAAAAGUUCAUGGGCUUGUCUUUUGAUACGAUAUCUUCUACGGGCGCCAAUGCUGCCGUUAUCCACUACAAACCUGAGAAGGGAGAGUGCGCAGUCAUUGAUCCUAAGGCUAUAUACUUGUGCGAUUCAGGAGCGCAAUAUCGAGAUGGCACGACAGACACUACACGGACGCUCCACUUUACCGAGCCGACAGAGAUGGAGCGCACAGCAUACACACUCGUACUCAAAGGCAACAUCGCGCUUGAACGCGUCAAGUUCCCCAAAGGUACAACAGGGUUUGCAUUGGACUCCUUGGCUCGCCAGUUCCUGUGGGCUGAAGGUCUGGACUACCGACAUGGAACUGGUCAUGGUGUUGGCUCCUUCCUCAACGUGCACGAAGGCCCAAUUGGCAUUGGAACACGAGUGCAGUACUCUGAAGUUUCCCUGGCGGUGGGCAAUGUGAUUUCCGACGAGCCUGGAUACUACGAGGACGGCAAGUUCGGUAUCCGCAUCGAGAACAUGAUCAUGGUUCGGGAAGUCGAAACGAAGCACAAGUUCGGCGAUAAGCCGUAUCUUGGGUUCGAACACGUCACCAUGACUCCACACUGCAGAAAUUUGGUUGAUAUGAGCCUGCUCACGGAAGACGAGAAAAGCUUUAUCAAUGAGUACCACCAGGAGGUCUUUGAGAAAACCAGCAAAUAUUUUGAGGGCGACAAUCUCACAUUAGAAUGGCUGAAACGCGAGACAGCCUCAUACUGA